AUGGCUGCCAAUUCAUGGACAAAAGAAGAGAACGAGCUGUUCAAGAACGCAGUGGAAUGUUUCUCUGCGUUUUCACCCAAUCGGUUCGAGCGUAUAGCCCACUUUGUAUGGAGACCAGUGGUCGAAGUUAUUGAGCAUUACCAGGAAAUGGUAGAUGAUCUUCUAGAGAUCAGAUCGAGUCAAAUAGCUUUAUCUAAUGGGAUGUUUGAUGCAGUUUUGCCAAGUUGGUGCCUGGUCGAGAAACCUAUAUGGGACAUAGACGAACAUGAAUGGUUCCUGAUCGGGUUAAGGAGGUAUGGGAGAAAAUGGGACAAAAUAGCGGUCUUACUGGGUACCAAAACCCCGAUGCAAGUGGCGAUCUAUGCACGUAAGUUCUUCACUUGGCACAACCCAGGGAACAAUGUGAUGAAGCGGCGGAGAACCAUGGAAAUAACUAUGGGGGACACCAGUGUGGACUCAUCUAGCCCACAAAAGAGAACUAGCGGGGACAUCAAUAUGGACUCAACUGGCCAACAAGAGAGAACUAUGGGGGGCAUCAAUGUGGACUCAACUGGCCAACAUGAGAGCCUCGUACUUCCUUUGCAGCCGCAACCACAACAAGGGCCAGUUGCACUGGAAACCGGUCAGGAUGCUAGCAUUUCUGAUUCUGAAUCGAAUAACCUUCCGUGA